UGGUACCAGGUUGGCCUGGGCCUUAGAACGCUUCAAAAUGGGGAACGCGUUGCGUUUCUGCCUUCUUUGUGCGAUAUUGCUACUAUAUCUUGAGACGUGUGAUGGUCAAUAUUUUACACAACGAGUGAAAUCAACAAUACAGGCCCCAAUGAUAGACACAGAGACUGACAUAGUAUUUGUCCUGGACUCAUCCGGAAGUGUAGGUUCGUCUGACUUCGGAAAAGAAGUCAGAUUCGUCAGGAAUCUUCUCAACGAAAUCAACGUAUACGUGGACGGAGCCCAGGUGUCUCUCAUCCGUUAUGCUUCUGGUGUAGAUGUACUCAUACAUCAGAUGGGCGGUUGGCCAGGCAAUUCGAAAUGUGAAUUGCGACCUUCACUAGGUAGUGUUGGUUACACGGGAGGAAUGACGAAUACCGGCGCAGCACUGCAAAAGGCUCGAGAACUUUUUCAAAGCAGUCGACAAGGUGCCAAAAAGGUCCUGGUGCUGCUCACAGAUGGUUACUCAAACGGAAGUCCAAGUCCUGGUCCUCAAGCAGCGGCACUGAGAUCGUCGGGAGUGGAGGUCUUUGCCAUCGGCAUCGGAGGCUACAGAUACUCUGAACUUCAGUCCAUAGCAUCAGUCCCAUAUAUUGAUCAUGUUUACCCUUAUCAAAACUUCAAUGACUUCAAUCAGCUUGCACUUCAGAUACGAGGAGAUGCGCACAAGGUCCGCUACCUUUUCUUUCACCAACCUUAUUGCCCACAUACCUGUUCCUCCAAUGCUGACUGUACAUGUGAAACACUGUCUGGAGAAUGGGACUGCCAUUGUAGAGCAGGUUUUAGUGGACCUUCGGGACAGUGUACAGAGUGCCCCAUCGGAACAUACAAGAGUGAACUCGGACCUGCAGACAGAUGUGACCAAUGCCCACGUCACAGCACAACCCUAUCAACACGAUCAACACGUAUCGAGGACUGUGUUUGUAUGGAAGGGUACAACGAACAAGGACUUCUCCAGAAUGGCGGGAGAAACUGUGAAAUUGUAAAAUGUGACAGACUUCAGCCAUAUCUCAAUCAGAUCAUGCAGCCAACUGAUGGAGACUUUAAGUGGGGAGAUGUGUUCAGUUUUACAUGUGAGAGUGGGUAUCAGCCAUCGGAUCCAAAUGUUCCAGUGACACAGCAGCUACAGUGUGUCCAUGAUCAAGGGUACUCACGGGGACGCUGGGAGGGCAAUAGGGUGGCAUGCACAAAAAUAGAAUGUGGCCAGCUACAUGCGCCUGCUCAAGGAUCUAUCAACUGCAAUGACUCCAGUUGGUAUCAGUCUGAAUGCAAGUUUGACUGUAGCCAGGGGUACAUCCUAAACGGUUCUCCCAGCAGGAACUGCCAAUAUGACAAACAAUGGACAGGGACGGAAGCGUUUUGUGAAGCCAUCACAUGUGAACGACUUAAUCCGCUACCGAAUGUAGUGGUAAGCCCAAGUAACUGCACCAUGAGUAAAACAAACUACCAUGACAGCUGCAUCUUCUCCUGCAAACCCGGGUACACAAGCACCAACGGACAAGACACUCUAAUUACCACUUGUAGAGCUUCCAUAGUCCAUGGAAGUAACAACGGGACUUGGACAGAAUCUACGGAUGGCUUCAAUUGCCAAGACACAACACCUCCCACCAUAGUCUGUCCAAGUGACAUCAAAGCAGACAAUGACCCAGGCUUGGACAGUGCAGAGGUGACCUGGGAGGUACCGGUUGCUAUGGACACCACUGGAGUUAUACCCGUGGUCAUGAGCAGUGAUUCACCACCGCAUAGAUUUUCAGUUGGGAAACACACUGUGAAUUACACAGCGGUGGAUGAAGCAGACCUAAUGACUUCUUGUUAUUUUGAGAUAGAAAUAAAAGAUGUCGAGCCACCUACACUACUGAGCUGCCCGGAUGACAUCAUUGCUUUUGCAGAUCAACGUGUGAUACAAGUUUUCUGGAAAGAGCCAACGUUUGUGGAUAAUGCAGAUGAAGAGUUAAGAAUUUUCAAGACACAAGCAAACGGAACAGAAUUUUAUUGGGGUACCUACAUUGUUGAGUACCGUGCGGAAGAUGAUGGAGGGAAUUCCAGGACAUGUGAAUUCAAAGUCGAUGUCGCUCCCCAUAGGUGUGAGUACUAUCGACCUCCUGUAAACGGAGCUACAGCAUGUGACACAUGGCUAUAUGGGCAAUUCUGCACCAUACUUUGUAACCAUCUGUACGAGUUCGCAACAAGCCCAGCUCAACUCUAUGUCUGUGGUGCAUCAGGAGACUGGAGUACAUUCCCACCUGGCUACUCACUUCCCUGGCCAGACUGCUCGGAGCGACGGGAUCCAAAUGAAGUGAACAAAGGUUUGGAAUCACAGUAUUUUGUGGGUAACUGCCACGACAAUACUACACAACUCCAAAUCAAGGAGCAGUUCCUGCAAAUCCUACAAGGUUCAAUAUUCGGCAUGCUGGGAGCUUGUAUGGACGCUCAUGGGAACGAUGCUUGCCUUGUGGAAAAUGUUGUGGUCUACUGUGGUGAAGUAAAUGACACAAUAACAAGGCAUAAGCGUGACCUUCUGAGUAGGGGGUUCAACCAAGUGGCAAGGAUUAGCUACAAUGUGGCGGUGCAAGUCUUAAACAAAACUGAUGAUGACGACCUAGGCCUUCAAAACUACAAUCACAUCAAGAACACCAUUGAAGAAAUUGCACUGUCUGUUGAACGAGAAACACAUCUGGGCAGUCUGCAGAUCAACCUUGACAACACCAUCAUCGCCCCUGAUACAGAGUUCUUCCAUGCUGAGGAAACAAAGCCAGUGUGUGCAAAUGGAACCUUCCUGAGGACUGUUGGAACGAGAGAUCUGUGCAUCAACUGUGCGCUGGGAAGUUUCUACAAUGUUUCAACUGGUGAAUGUGAUCUCUGUCUACCCGGCUCUUACCAAGACGAGGAAGCUCAGCUUGAGUGUAAAUCUUGUGAUGUGGGAUACUGGACUGUGGGUAACCACGCAACCAACUACACAGAGUGUAAAGAAAUCUGCAAACCAGGAACAUACUCAACAACAGGUCUUGCUGCAUGCAAAGAAUGUCCAAAGGGGUCCUAUCAGUCAUAUCCCCGUCAGCAAACAUGUCAACCAUGCCCACAACACACGACAACAUUUUCUCCCGGUGCUACUUCACAAGACAGCUGUCAAAUGGUCUGUGCAGCUGGAUCCUUUUCUGCUUCUGGUGUUGAGCCAUGUAAGCCUUGCCCAAAGGGAACAUAUCAGCCAGACAAAAGGAAGAAGAACUGCAUUAAGUGUCCUGGGACGCAAUCUACUGUCACCAUUGGUGCCACAUCUGCUGUACAAUGUGUUGACAUAGAUGACUGUCAGAGCAAUCCGUGUUUGAAUUGGGCCACUUGUGUUGAUGGGAAAGACUCCUACACAUGCACAUGUCGACCUGGCUUCACAGGUGUCUUGUGUGAAACUGAUAUCGAUGAUUGCUCUACAAAUCCGUGUGGCUUUAAUGCUACUUGCCUAGACAGGGUGAAUGCAGUUGACUGUGUGUGUCCUCAUGGCUACUUUGGUGAUAAAUGCCAAUAUGAAAAAGAUGAGUGCAGUUCAAGUCCCUGCCUCAACAAUGCAACCUGUUUUGAUGAGGAUGAUGGUUUCCGCUGUUUCUGUGCUGAUGGCUAUUCCGGAAGGUUCUGUGAAACAGAAAUAGAUGAAUGCCUGACUGCUCCCUGUUUAAAUGGUGGAACAUGCGUAGAUCACAUUAGUCGUUACAAUUGUAGGUGUAAACCUGGCUUCCUUGGCUUCAAAUGUGAACUCAACUUGAAUGAAUGUGCAUCGACACCUUGCCAGAAUGGAGGAAGUUGUGUUGAUGGGGAUGGCAUUUUUGUGUGCAACUGUCCUGACGGAUUUGUAGGUAGUCUCUGUGAAACCAACGUCGACGAGUGUGUGCAAAACUUCUGUCAGAAUGGAGCAGUGUGUGCUGAUGGUGUCAAUGGCUACGACUGCAUCUGCCCUCCAUCCUAUUCUGGGGUAUUCUGUGAAACAAAAAUGUCUUCAGACUUUGACAUGAGCUUCAUCUGGGGAACAUUGGCAGACUACAGCAUCGUCAACAUGGACAAGGACCUUCAGGCCUUUACUAUCGCUUUCUGGAUGGAAACCAGUGACGACAUCAAUGCAGGAACUGUAUUUUCUUACGCCACACAAAAUGAGAUGGGAAAUGUUACUGACAAUGCAUUAACCGUAACUGACUACAACAGCUUCAAGCUGCACGUCAACAAUGAAGAAGUGUUUACUGCCAUUAGUCCCAAUGAUGGUGAAUGGCACCAUAUAGCAGUAACAUGGUCCAAUGAAGAUGGCAGCUGGAGAGCUUAUCAGGAUGGAAGACGCAUUGGCAACGGUACUAAUCUACAAACCGGGUUUGUCAUUCCUGGUGGUGGUAAACUUGUAAUCGGUCAAGAGCAAGAUGACAUUGGAGGAAGAUUUGGACCUGACGAAGUUUUUAUUGGUGACCUUAGCAGGUUGAACUUAUGGGAUUAUGAGCUUUCAGAAGAGGACAUCUACUCCAUGGCAAGUAAUUGCCACAACUCAACUGGAAAUGUCAAGGCAUGGCCUGACUUCAUCGCUGGCCUGGAAGGGAGAGUCAAGUUGAGCAACUCAUCUUCCUUCUGUGAUGGUCUAGAAGACUGCUCGGUUGAUUUCUGUAACAAUGGAGGUACCUGCAUCGACAAAGUCAACGGUUCCUCGUGUGACUGUCCAUCUGGCUAUACCGGUGACCUGUGUGACACGAUGAUUCACGGCUGUCACCCCAAUCCUUGCCUGAAUGGAAAAUGUGUCUACCACAGCGAACAAAAUACAACAGCCUGUGCUUGCAGUCCUGGAUUUACAGGCACUGCUUGUGAGACGCCCAUUGACUUCUGCAACCCUGAUCCAUGUCUGAAUGGAGGAGUUUGCCAUAACGGAGACAGCGACUACCAAUGCAGCUGUCGACAUGGAUUCAUCGGUCAUCUUUGUGAGAUAGCUGUCACCUGCUCAGCACCUCUAAUUCAUCAACAUGCAUCAAUUCAACCUUUGAAUUCUGAAUACGCCGUGGGAUCACAUGUAACUUACUCCUGUGCUGCUGGCUAUGAACUCCUUGGUCCCCACACCCAUACAUGUACACACAACGGAGUCUGGAGUGGGCAAGAGACCGUCUGUGCAGACAUAGAUGAAUGCAAGAUAAACCAUCACAACUGCGCUCAACAUUGCUGGAACACUGAUGGCAGCUUCUAUUGUGCAUGUGAUCCUGGCUACACUUUGUCAACAGACAAUGCUACUUGUACGGAUAUUGAUGAAUGCUCUUUGCCGGAGCUCUUCGGCAUAAAUGGUGGAUGUGACCACCACUGCCAUAACACACCAGGCAGCUACUUCUGCACUUGUGACGAUGGGUACGAAAAAACAGUGACUGGUGGCAGAUGCAUUGAUAAGGAUGAAUGUGUCACAAACAAUACGUGCAGCCAGCUAUGCCUUAACCACGCUGGAGGGUAUUCAUGUGAAUGUGAAGCGGGGUAUGAGCCACUUGGUGACGGGGAAUUCUGCAAAGCUAUUCAGUGUCCAGAACCUGUGCAUCCACAAAACGCGGACGUUUCUACCACCCAAGUUGUUCAGGGGGCCUUCCACUACGGUGACACAGCUUCCAUCACCUGUAGUCCUGGCCACAAGCUGGUAGGUUCCCCUGUGAUUACCUGUGACGAAACUGGCCAGUGGAGCAACUCUUAUACCUACUGCAAAGAGGUGCUGUGUUCUUCGAUUGGCAACAUUGAGAACGGAACAGUCACAAUUGAUAAACUGAAUGUUGGAGGCACUGCACAACUCUCGUGUAAUGCUGGAUACAUUCUGUUUGGUCAGCCUACAUUGUCCUGUUUGCAAGAGGGGGUUUGGAACCAUCCUACUCCCUACUGCAUAGAGUACGACUGUGUGCCACCAGCCCCACCUGCUAAUGGUGACAUCAUCGGCAGACAGUACACAACCGGGAGCCGAGUGAGGGUGCAGUGCAAUGAUGGCUUUGCAACAACUGAAAGUGCAGUGCUCAUUUGUCAGGAUGACCACACCUGGUCUGCCCCUGUACCUGACUGCCUGCCAGUAAACACUAGUGCUAGCCAGCCUACCUUGCACUAGUAACCUGGUUUUGCUGCAUGUGUGUAUUCAUUCAUAGAUUAUCAUGAGUUGUUUGUUUUUGUAGUAUAGCUACUUUUGCGUGUUGAGGUGUUGAAGUUAGAUCAGAAACGUAAAAACGGUCUUUGGAUCAAAUGUCUAUUAACUGCAUUUUUUGCAACAGAAUUGCCCACAAUAAGUCAUAUGACAUCAUUUAAAUUAGUAUUCUGCUUACUUGUACUAUUGCGUGUUUUGAUAAGCACCAGUUUGGCCCUUUUUAGGUUUGGAACAAUAUGUACAUAGAGCUUGCGCUAUCGUGUUGUUGAUUUAAGAAUAUAUAAACCAACCUUAAAGCAAAGUAAAAGCAGCAUUAAAAGUAUGGUCCAUCUUCCAAUGCUACAAUAAGCGUAUAUUCAAAAGCAUGUUAUUUUCUAAA